AAGGUGUGAGAGAUGAGGUGGAUUGAGUACAGGAAAAGCCGGAUAUCACACUCGUUUCUCUGUUAUCAUGCCCCUUUCCCCUCUUCUUCCUGUCCCUGCAUCUCCUUCGCUAGCUGGUGUAUAAAGUCUCUCCUCGUCUGCUUUCACAAGUUCUGUGUGUGACAGCUUUGGAAGAAUGUGCAUGUGUAUGUGUAUGUGUAUGUGAGGGUGUGCCUGUCUGGGAAUUGGAAGGAGUACGGUAACAACUGCAACUUUCUCCUUCACAAGCAAAAGUGAACUCCGGAGAUGGGGGAAAGUAAACAGAGAGAAUGGAGCAGCAGCACCCUAUCAGUUGUUCUCUAUUUUGCAGUGUGUGUGAGUGUGAGUGUGUGUGCAGGGGAGGUGGGCCGCUGUAGCUUGUUUGGUUGGCAGCAUAUCCACUCGUUUGAUGGAGUUCUGUAUCAGUUCUCUGGAGACUGCAGUUACAUGCUGGCUGGAGACUGUCAUAAGAGAGCCUUCACCAUACUGGGUGAUUUCGCUAACGGCAAGAGGAAGGGCGUGACUGUAUUUCUGGGGGAGUUUUUCGAGCUCCAUCUCUCGACUGAUGGCACCCUCACUCGCGGAGCUGAGAGACUGCAGCUGCCGUAUGCGUCUAGUUCUGUGUUUGCGGGUCGCGAGCUGGGUGGUGUGCGGCUCUGGAGUGACGAGUUCGGCUUCUCCGUGCGCUUGGACGGAGAUAAGAACAUCGACAUCACGCUCUCCAAACACCAUGGCAACCGGACCUGCGGUCUCUGUGGCAACUACAACCGCGUGCCUGAGGACGACUACACAACUCGAGAGGGUUUUGUAACAGAUGAUGCCUAUGACUUUGCCAACUCCUGGAUGAUGAAUGGAGCAGCGCCCUGCAAGCGGGUCAUGCCACCCUCUGAAACCUGCGACGCCCAUGGGGCAGCUUCAAAGGAGCUGAUGGCGAGGUGCCAGGCCUUCAGCACGUCCUCUGCCUUCCUGCACUGCGCCCACAUCCUGGACCCGGCGGCCUUCCAGGCGGUGUGCGAGAGGAGUGUGUGCCACUGCGGCGACAAGGAGGACUGUGUGUGCGCCGUGCUGCAGGAGUACGCCCGCGCCUGUGCCCACCACGGAGUCACGCUGCACGGCUGGCACGGGCACAGUGACUGUGCUCCUAAGUGUCCCAUUGGUAUGGAGUAUAAUGUGUGUGCCCAGUCCUGCUCCACCACCUGCCAGAGUCUCAACAUCCCAGAAGUGUGCCGAGAAGAGUGUGUGGACGGCUGCAACUGCCCAGUGGGUAAGGUCCUGGAUGGGGAGAGGUGUGUGGACGUGUCCCAAUGUUCCUGCGUGCACACGGGCAAGCGCUAUCCUCCAGGCUCCAGCAUCUCUCAGGACUGCAACACCUGCAUCUGUCAGCAUGGAUCUUGGCAGUGCACCAAUGAGGGCUGUCCAGGUGAAUGUUUUGUGACCGGCCAGUCCCACUUCAAGACCUUUGAUGACAAGUUUUUCACCUUCAGUGGAACCUGCCAGUAUCUCCUGGCCAAAGACUGCAGCGACAAUCUCUUUUCAGCGAUCAUAGAGACAGUGCAGUGUGCUGAUGACCAGGAUGCGGUGUGCACGCGCUCAGUGAGUAUGCGUUUCCAUCGCAUGCUAAACCAGACGGUGCGGCUGAAACAUGGCGGUGUCGUCUCAGUAGACGGGAUGGAUGUACAGACACCACUCAUCAAUGGGGAUUUGCGGGUGCAGAGGACAGUGCACACAGCAGUGCGUCUAUCCUACGGAGAUGACCUCAGUCUGGACUGGGACGGACGAGGACGAGUGGUGCUCAGGUUGGGGCCAGUGUUUGCAGACAAGACCUGUGGGCUGUGUGGCAACUACAACGGUAACCAAGGCGACGACUUCCGCACGCCCUCGGGGCUAGUGGAGGCUCGGGUGGAGGGCUUUGGUAACGCCUGGAAGAUACACCCCGAGUGUGACAACCUCCACCACCAACACACAGACCCCUGCAGUCUCAACCCAAAGAGAGUGUUGUUUGCGGAGGAGUCUUGCUCCAUCCUGCUGUCCCCUAAGUUUGAGGCGUGCCACUACGAGGUGAACCCCCUGCCCUUUGUCAAGAACUGCCGCUACGACCUGUGCGCCUGCGCUGACGGACACGAGUGCCUCUGCCUUGCGGUCAGUAGCUACGCAGCAGCCUGCACAAGCAAGGGAGUCCUGAUCCACUGGAGAGGCGACGGAUACUGUGAGAUGCAGUGCCCGGGGAAGCAGCAGUACCAGGUGUGUGGGAGCGUGUGUAACCAGUCGUGCCGCUCCCUGUCCCAGCCGGAUGAUGCGUGCGUGGGGCUGUGUGUGGAGGGCUGCUUCUGCCCCGCCGGCCUCUUCCUCAGCGACUCUGGGGAGUGUGUCCCCAAAGAGGAGUGCUCCUGUCACUACGAUGGGGAGAUAUAUCAGCCCAAUGACGUCUUUGCUGAUCACCACACCAUAUGUUAUUGUGAAAAUGGUUCCAUGCGCUGCACUGCCAAUGAUGCAUCGCAUGCAGGAGCGAUGAUGACCGAUCUCUUCUUUGAUGACGAACUCCCACCCUCCAGAGAGCGUCGCUCUGCCUCCUGUGCGCCCCCUCUGGAGAAGCUGGUGUGUGCAUCUACUCGUGACCAGGGCAUAGAAUGUGCCAGAACCUGCCAGAACAUGGACCUGGAGUGUGUGAGCCAGGGAUGCAUCUCUGGUUGUGUGUGCCCAGCUGGAAUGGUUCGCCAUAGGAGAGACUGCAUUCCUCCAGACCAAUGUCCCUGUUACCAUAACAACAGACCUUACGCUCCGGGAGAAACUGUCAAGAAAGACUGCAACACAUGUGUGUGUCAGGGCCGUCACUGGCAGUGCACACAGAAUGUGUGUGACGGAGUGUGCCGCACGGUUGGGGAGUCCCAUUACAUCACAUAUGACGGACUGAAGUACACCUUCCCUGGACGAUGCCAGUACGUCCUCACACAGGACUACUGUAAUGGUCUGGAUGGUUCCUUCCGUGUGUUGGUGGAGAAUGUGGCAUGUGGGGUGGUGGGCCAACGCUGCAGGAAGAGCGUCACAGUGUUCUAUCAGGGAGGAGUGAUCAUCAUGGAUGAUGGAGAGGUACGCAUGAAGCGUCCAGUGCUUCAUGGGGUGCAGGUGGAGAUCGUGCGGUCGGGCCUGUACUACAUACUGCUGCUGGGCAAGGACAUCUCCAUCACCUGGGACACGGCCACCAGACUGGACGUCACAAUCAAGGGAUCACACAUGGGUAAAGUGUGUGGGCUGUGUGGUAACUUUGAUGCUAACCAGAAUAACGACCUGUUGAGCAGUAACCAGCAGAUAGAGGUGGAGCCAGCAGACUUCGGCAACUCCUGGAAGACACAGCCCAGCUGUGCAGAUGCCACUCCGCUGCCAUCUCAGUGCAGUUCAGACAUGCUGAGGCUGGUGACAGUGGAACAGUCGUGCCGCGUGCUGACCAGCGCACUCUUCAAGGACUGCAACAGUGUGGUCGAUGCUGAGCCUUACUGGGAGAUCUGCACUCAUGACUCGUGUGCAUGUCCGUCAGUGGGAGAUUGUGUGUGUUUCUGUGAUGCCAUCGCUGCCUAUGCACACACCUGUGCACAGCACGGGGUGGUGGUCCACUGGAGGUCCAAUGACCUGUGCCCACUAAGUUGUGAGCAUCUGAAUGAGGAGCAGGGCGUAAGUGCUGCUGAGUGCCAGUGGAAGUACAGCCCCUGUGGCAAGGCCUGCCCAUUGUCAUGCCAACACCCUGAGGCACUGCACUGCCCCCAGACCUGCGUAGAGGGCUGCCAUCCUACCUGCCCGCCAGGUAAGAUUCUGGAUGAGCUCCUGUUGAAGUGUGUGAAUCCAGAGCAGUGUGAGGUGUGCAUGCACGAAGGGGAGAGGAUAUCCCACGGGAAACACAUCAUCCUCAACCAUGACAACCCAGACCUCUGCCAGAUAUGCCGCUGUGAGAACAACACCCUGACGUGCGAGGCAUGCCCAGUGGGGGGCGCUGUGACCACAACGCUGGAGCCCACCACCAUCUUCACCACCCCCGCCCCCCUGCUCUACUCCACUGUGUUCCCCGAGGGGGGCUGCGACCGGGCCAUGGACCUGGCCUUCCUUAUCGACGGCUCCACUGCGCUCAGCGAGGAGGACUUUGUGGCAGUCAAGGCCUACGUGUUGACUGUGGUUGAGCGAUUCCGAAUGGGCUCUGCACACACUCGGGCCACUGUGCUCCUCUACCACUCUGGCGUCAAGAGUUAUGACAUGCAGGUGCAGAAGUGGAUUUUCAGGAAGAUGGUGCGUGACCUGCGCUACACGGGUGGGGAGGUGGCGUACAUCGACGAGGCUCUGAAGUACCUGUCGGUCUACAUCUACGACAAGAACAAGCGGGCGCACGCCGAGCGUGUUGCCAUCCUGCUGACGGCCAGCGCCAACCCCCGAGCCAUGAGGACCACCCAGCGACUGCUACGCAAGAAGGACAUCACCGUGCUCUCUGUGGCCCUUGGCCCUGGUGUGGACAUGGCGCAGAUCAACGACAUCACCAAGGCCACACCAGCCAGCCGUGCCUAUGUGCUGAGCAGUCCAGCUGAGCUGGAGGACCAGGGUCCGGUCAUCACCGAGUACUUGUGUACCCUGGGUCUGGAGCCGGACGUGCCCAAGCCUAAGGCCCAGCCAACACCUGCCCCUGAGAAGCCGCAAGCCACGCCUGCCCCUGAGAAACCACAUGUUGUUGUUGUGGUCCCCACACAAGGCCAAGCACCGCAGCCUCCCAAACCCACCAGACAGCAGCCACAGACACCACUGCCGACCACCGAAAGACCUGCGGUGCUGCCCUCAGCCCUCGUCACCACCGCCUCUGCUUUUGUCACCACGACGGUCCCUGGCCUUGUCACCACGGUCCCCGGUCUCAUCACCACACUUCCUGCCUUUGCCCCCACCACACCUGGCCUAGGUGCACUGAGCCACACCCGUCUGACCCCGAGCCCCGGCCAGGAAGCUGUGGGCCUGGUGUUCCUACUGGAGGGUUCCGAUGAGGUGGGAGAGGAGAACUUCAACCGCACGCGCGAUUCGCUGAUCGAGGUGGUGACGCUGCUGGAGGAGGAGUGGUUCAUCACCAUCACCAUCAUCCAAUACUCGGAGACGGUCACCGUGGAGAUAAGCUCCAUGGAGCUCCAUCGGCGUCAGGCGCUGCUGGAGCGCAUGAGGCAGAUCACCUACGCGGGCGGCAGCAAGACCAACACAGGCGAGGCCGUCCGCUCGCUCUACGAGACCUCUACUACAGAGCGACCCACUCAUGCACCCGACCAACUGGUCUUCCUGAUCACCGAGAACCCACCCACUGACACCAUCGAGAGGCCGCCCAGCUCCGCCCACACGCAGGUGUUCCCCGUCGUGAUUGGCCCAAAGGUUCGGGAGGAGGAUCUGGAGCCCCUGAGUCACCCCGAUAAGCCAAUCAUGUUCCAGAGGCCCGAGGACCUGAAUCAGCUGCGCCCCCUGCUGUGGAACUUGACUCACCACCUCAAGCGCCCCGUACUCCCCUCUCUGGCCCCACUGCCCAAACUGCCGCCCUCAGUUCCUUGUACAAAACCCAUGGAUGUACAGUUCCUAAUCAGAGCAUCCAGAGACCACUUUGAGGACCUGAAAACAUUUGUGAAGGCAUUCAUCCAGAAUACAGACAUUGGCCCAAACAGCACCCAGGUGUCGGUUCAGGUGUACGGUGAGAAGAUGGUGGAGGAGAUCUCGUGGGGAGACACCCAGAGCAAAGACCAGCUCCUCAGCCGACUGGAGGGCAUACACAGCACCCCCUCAGACACCGCCAGGCUGGGUUCUACUCUCCGGUCAGCGGUCCACACAGCCAUCUCCUCAGCCGGUGGCGGCCGAGUGGGCGUCCCUAAAGUGGUGGUGAUGGUGGUUACGGACAAGUCUCUGGAUUCUGUCCAGGAGGCAGCAAGUGAAGCGCUGACUGCAGGUGUGGCAGUGUUUCCUGUGGGUGUAGGGGCGGAAGUUGACCACAACGACUUGAGCACGCUCGCUGGAGCGGACACGCCCACCAACGCCAUCCAGCUCAGCAGCAUGGAUGAUCUCAUUGCCCUGGCAACGCUGGGACAUACGUUCUACGACAAACUGUGCCGCGCUGGUCCACCAGGAAUGUGUGUGGAUGACAACGGAGUGCAGAGGACGCCUGGAGAGAGCUGGCUGCUGUCUGAUAGGUGCCAUACCAUGGUGUGCAACCCAGGGGGUGCUGUGACCAUGCAGAGCCACAGGGUGAACUGCGAGCGCAUGGAGCCCCCAACCUGCUCCAGCAGCAUCAGGCCCGUCAAGGUGCCCGAGCCCUGCGGAUGCAGCUGGCAGUGCCCAUGCAUGUGCAUCGGGAGCUCGUCCAAUCACAUAGUGCCAUUUGGUGGGCCGGCUCUGAAGCUGGAGAGCUUCUGUUCCUAUUCACUGGUGAAGAUGGGAGGGGCGGAGAUCGUUCUUCACACCGCCCCCUGUGAGGCAUUGUCCAAUCAGAUUUGUAUGAAGUCCAUGGAGCUGAGAGGGGGAGGGGCUGACGUGGUGCUCAUGGAUGACAUGAAGGUUAAGGUAAAUGGGGCGGUGACGGCGGUACCUGUGCGUGUGGGUGGUGUAGAGGUGACCCAGUUUGGGGCGGUGCUUCACCAUCUGCACUCCUCCGAUCUGGGCCUCACCAUCACCUUCACCCCCCAGAGCAACGAGUUCACCAUCACCCAUGACAUCACCAGGAUCGCCAACAACACCAGCACUACGGGCAUAUGCGGUGCUUGUGGCCGAGAUGAGCUGUUGCUAAGUGACGGAUCCGUGACCUCCGACCCUGAGCACUUCCUGAAGUCGUGGGUGGUUGGCGAGUGCGAGCCGACCCCGGCGGACAUGUGUGUGCCUGGCGUGGCUGAGCGCUGUGAUGUCAUGCAACAGGCUGCGUUCGAGGCGUGCCAUGCCCUGAUGCCAGUGGAGCCCUACGUGGACCUGUGCCGCACCACCGCCUGCCACCCCAGGGACGUCUGCAACGUCGUGUCCGCCUACGCCAGCGGCUGCCGCCAGCAGGGAGUCUGUGUGGACUGGAGAACCCCUGACGUGUGCCCGAUGUCCUGCCCGAGCAGCAUGCACUACCAGGCGUGCCACAAGGGCUGUGUGGAGGACUGUGAGAGUGGCUCUGUGGGAUUGCCUUCCCACAUGGCCAUGCUGGGGGAUAGCCUGGCUGAGGAGGGCCCUGCGCAGUGCUCCGACACCCCCACGGAGGGAUGCUUCUGCCCAGAGGGGAUGGUGCAGAGGGGGGAGGAGUGCAUACACAGGGAAGGCUGCAAGGAGUGUGUGGACCAGAACGGACACCCGCACCCGUAUCUGCAAAGCUGGUCUCCUGACGACAACCCCUGUCUGAUGUGUGUGUGCCUGGACCAGAAGGAAAUUAACUGCACUGCUUUGCCCUGCACAAACUCUAAAGCUCCUACGUGUGGCCCCUGUGAGGUGCUCAAAGAGAAGAAAUCAAACUGCUGCCCCGAAUACGAGUGUGUGUGUGACAUGGAGACAUGUGUCCAUGCUGAACCCCCCCACUGUGAACACGGCCAGAGCCUCUCUCUCACCAACCCAGGAGCCUGCCUGCCUGUUUAUGACUGUGUGUGUAAGAAAGAGGAAUGCCCUGCUCCGCCCUCCUGCCCGGCCCACAGACGCCUCAGUGUCACCCAGACGGAGUGCUGUGACGUGGCCGAGUGUGUGUGUGACUGCCACAACUCCACCCAGACCUGCCCCCCUGGACACAUCACCACAGCCAUCACCAACGACUGCCACUGCACCGAGGUCACCUGCCAGCCAGACGAGGUGUGUGUGGUGGAUGGAGUGAUAUACCAGAAGGGUGUCCACUGGGAGAAGGGCUGUGAGACCUGCAGCUGUACCGACCACAAAGACCAGAGCACCAGCCUGCACGUCGCAGAGUGCCGACCCACCGUCUGCAGCAACGAAAUAUGCCCCCUGGGAUCGUCUUAUCAUGAAGAGGAGGGAGCAUGCUGUGGCAAGUGUGUGCCCAGCAGUUGCCUAGCUGAUGGAAACGCACUAAAACAGGUUGGGGAGCGCUGGCAGGCUGAUGCAGUUGGGUGUGUGUGGAGCGAGUGUGUCAAGGUGAACCAGGAAGUCUUCAUCUCCCAUAGCAACGUGUCGUGCCACACAAUAGCCACGCCCACUUGUCCAUUGGGAACAGAGCUUCAGUGCAACACAGUGGAACACUGUUGUCCUGUGUGCCAGUGUGUUCCUCUGGAUGUGUGUGUGAUGAACCAUACAGUCAUUGGAGCUGGUGAGCGUGUGAUGGUGGACGCGUGUACCCACUGUGAGUGCUCUAUGGAGGAGGGCCUCAUCCGAAAGCCUCAUCUGACCUGCCGGAAGACCACCUGCUCUGACUGUCCCGAGGGCUACACGAUGGAGCCAAUUGCUGACUCAUGCUGUGGCCGCUGCGUUGCAACCUCCUGCGCCAUCAGAACACCAGAUGGAGACUUCAUCAACCUGAAGGCCAAUAGUUCUCGUGAGGAUGGUUGUAUCCUGCAUUCUUGUGGGGUGAACAGAGAGGGAGACCUGGUGCUGGAGACCAGAAUCACCACAUGCCCUCCCUUCAACCGCCAGCAGUGCCUAGACGAAGGGGGCAAAAUCACACAAAUUGGGGACAGCUGCUGUGAAAUUUGCACAGAGCCAGAAUGUAGAAAAGCAGUUGGAGUACUGAACUAUAUCAGAGUGGAUGACUGCCAGUCCGACGAGAAAGUGGAACUUCGUUAUUGUGAGGGCAAGUGCCGCAGCAAGUCAGUGUACUCCCUGGAGAAGCAUGCGGUGGAGGCGGAGUGUGUGUGUUGCUCGGCCACAGGAAGUGAGCCCCUCAGCGUGGCCCUCCGCUGCCCCAACGGGACCCUCACACACACCGACCUGCUCUCCGUCACCGGCUGCGAAUGCACCGCGCGCGCAUGUGAACAUGUCGUCUGAAUCUGAGUGUGAAUGUGUGUGUGCUGUGUGAGAAAGAGAGAAUGAGAAUUAAAGACUGACUGUAAAAGAUAGUGUGUGUGUGUGUGUGUGUGUGUGUGUGUGUGUGUGUGU